AUGAGUCUCGGUAUCUGGCCUGAAGAGCUCGAUGCCGAAACCAUCGUCAAUGGCAAGAUGGUAUAUAUUGGUUGCCAGGCUCUCGAUACCUACAACGAAGCCAUUACCAAACUCCGUUACCUAGUAUCCGGGGACUUGACUUAG